CUGAAAACGCCGGAAGUAGGGGACUGCCAGAAGCGCAUCUCUGACUUUCUGAUCAAUUAGAAUGUGUAGAAGAAAGGCGCGAAAGAGGCAAACGGAAAUCCGGAUCUUGGCCACUGCCAGCGUGUCCCGCCUACCGCCGUAACGUCUGCGGUGAUUGGUCGACCAGAGAUACCGAUCGCUCAUUCGGCCACUCAACACUAGGGAGCUUGUUAGUUCCGAGUCCUGGAGACACCGAGGAACUGCUGGCCCCUGUUGCUUUUCCCGCAGUUAACAUGGCUGCGACUAGUUAUUCACCGAGACGACCGUGAGCAGAGGAAGGCAGGGCACUGUGAGACUUUGCCCACUUCCGGUCAGCGAUGGCGCUUCAGCCGCGGUUCUGGAAAUGUCUGUCAGUUUGCAGGAACCUGGAAUGUGGGUUCGCAUCCCUCUCAACCAGUUCCACGCCGGCGGUGCAACCGGAUGUGGAGACUAAGGAAAAUGAAGCGGUGGCCCCAGAGUUCAUCAACCGGAACCCUCGGAAUCUGGAGCUCUUAGGUGUAGCCCGGAAAGAACGGGGCUGGGCUACAGUGUGGCCCAACCGUGAGUUCUGGCACAGGUUGAGAGUUGUAAAGACUCAGCAUCACGUAGAAGCAUUUGUUGAGCACCUUAACGGCCAGGUUGUGGUUUCAGCAUCGACUCAUAAAACGUUUACAAAAUGCCAUGACAGAAAGUGGUGUGAUGCUUCGGGAGCCUCGAAGAGUCUAUGAAUAAAAUCCAAGUGUCAACUGUGGUUGGAAGUGUAAAUGUAAAACGACCAUCUACAGCCACCAAAAGAAAGCAUCUUCAUUAAAAGAAAGAAACAGAGAAAGAAAGGAGCAUUUGGAAGGAUGGAUAACCAGACUGAAAGCUUCAUAGCAAUGUAGCAGUGAAAACUUACUCAGUUAGCUUCUUUCCACUUCUGUGUGUGCUGGUGUGGUUUCAUUGUUUUAAUCAAGGGCUUCAGGUGUCCCCAUUCUUGGACAUGAGAUGUAUUUAAGGAAAGUAGUGACUAUUUGAAGAACAAAUUAAAACGUUUGUAACAAA